ACUUGGAGUGAAGUUGCGGAGGAAUUUAGGCUGGAGUCGGCGAGGGAGGCCCUUCAGUCCGGCGGCGAGUGCGGAGAAGGACGGGAGGACGGGCUGCAGAUCCAUCCCGCCGGCUCCCGGCCGUCCCUGGAUGUUGAGGGUGGGAGAGGAGCACGCUGCCCCGAAGCAUCUCAGCCUGGAAGAAGAGCGCUGAGUCAAAUGAGAAAGCGUGGAUUGCUUGCAGAUUGUAUCUGGAUGUCCCGAAACGGUGUGUAUAAAAAAAAGCCAAAAGUUUUCUGAUCUGUAAGUUAUUCAUACUUGGCUGGCUAGAAAAGGCGUUUUCAAGCUGGAAAGGACCAGAUGUGCUUUGGAUUUAAGGUACCGAAGGAAGGCGAAAUAAUUGCUUUUUAACUUAUUGGGAGAAAUUAAUUGCAUAAACUUACAAAUGUAUCGAAUCGACGGUAAAAUGCACUUUUUAUUCAUUUUUGCACUGAUGAUAAUAUCUUGCAAUAAUGCUGUGCUGGGCAAGAAUUUGAAAUACAGGAUUUAUGAGGAGCAGAGGGUUGGAUCAGUAAUAGCAAGACUAUCGGAGGAUGUUGCUGAUGUUUUAUUAAAAAUGCCUAACCCUUCCUCAGUUCGGUUUCGAGCCAUGCAGAGGGGAAAUUCUCCCUUGCUUGUAGUCCGUGAGGAUAAUGGAGAAAUCAGCAUAGGAGCUAAAAUUGAUCGGGAACAACUGUGCCAGAAAAACUUAAACUGCUCCAUAGAGUUUGAUGUGAUUACUCUGCCCACUGAACAUCUGCAGCUUUUCCAUGUUGAAGUUGAAGUGCUGGACAUUAAUGACAACUCUCCGCAGUUUUCCAGAGCUCUGAUUCCUAUUGAGAUAUCAGAGAGUGCAGCUGUAGGAACUCGGAUCCCUUUGGACAGUGCUUUUGAUCCAGAUGUGGGAGACAACUCCCUUCACACUUACUCCCUUUCUGCAAACGAUUUUUUUAGCAUUGAUGUGAGAACCAGGACUGAUGGUGCUAAGUAUGCAGAGCUGAUUGUGGUCAAAGAGCUGGAUCGCGAGUUGAAAUCGACUUACGAACUCCAACUCACUGCCUCUGACAAAGGGGUGCCUCAGAGAUCUGGGUCAUCCCUCCUUAAAAUCAGCAUUUCUGAUUCCAAUGACAACAGCCCUGUCUUUCAGCAGCAGUCAUAUAUUAUCCAGCUCUUGGAAAACUCCCCUAUUGGGACUUUGCUCAUAGACCUCAAUGCUACUGAUCCAGAUGAGGGCGCCAAUGGGAAGGUUGUGUACUCCUUUAGCAGCCAUGUGUCUGCCAAAAUUAUAGAAACUUUUAGGAUAGACCCAGAAAAAGGUUACCUGACCCUGCUGAAGCAAGUGGACUAUGAAGUAACCAAAUCCUAUGAAAUUGACGCUCAGGCUCAGGAUAUGGGGCCAAAUUCUAUUCCAGCUCACUGCAAAAUUAUAAUUAAAGUUGUGGAUGUGAAUGACAACAAGCCAGAAAUCAACUUAAAUCUGAUGUCCACAGAAAGAGAAGAGGUAGCUUGCAUUUCUGAGGGGUCACCCCUGGACACUUUUGUUGCCCUGGUCAGAGUGCAAGAUAAGGACUCUGGUGUGAAUGGAGAGAUCGUUUGUAAGCUCCAUGGGCAUGGCCACUUUAAACUUCAAAAGACCUAUGAAAAUAACUAUUUAAUCUUAACUAAUGCCACUCUAGAUAGGGAAAAGAGAUCUGAAUACAUCUUGACUGUAAUAGCAGAGGACAAGGGAACACCAAGUCUCUCCACAGUGAAACACUUUACUGUCCAAAUCAGUGAUGAAAAUGACAACCCACCCCGCUUCCAGACAAACAGAUAUGAAGUUGUUAUCUUGGAAAAUAACUCUCCUGGAGCAUACAUCACAUCAGUCACAGCCACAGACCCAGAUCUAGGUGACAAUGGGCAGGUGACAUACACUAUUUUGGAAAACUCAGUUUUGGGAAGUUCUAUAACCACCUAUGUGACCAUUGAUCCCUCCAAUGGGGCAAUCUAUGCCCUGCGAACCUUUGAUCAUGAAGAAGUAAAUCAAAUUGCCUUCAUGGUGCAAGCUAGGGAUGGAGGGACCCAACAGCUCAUUAGCAACACCACGGUUGUACUCACCAUCAUUGAUGAAAAUGACAACGCUCCCGUCAUCGUGGGGCCAGCACUACGCAACAGCACAGCAGAAAUCUCAAUCCCUAAAGAUGCUGAAAUUGGCUUUCUUGUCACCAGGAUAAGGGCUACAGACAGAGACUCUGGUAUGAACUCUGAACUCAGCUGCUCCAUAGCAGCUGACAAGGAAAACAGCAUCUUUGUGAUGGAUCCCCAAACUUGUGACAUCUCUAUCAAUGUGAGUGUUGAAACAGUUCCAGCAAAACAGUGGGAGUUUUUGGUAAUAGUCCAGGAUAAAGGCAGCCCUCAGCUUAGUACGAAAGCUCUUCUGAAAUGUACCAUUUUGGAGCAUGUUUAUUCAUUUUCAAGCACCGAAGCAACUUUGGUAAGCCAGCCCUCCCUCGACAUCUCCAUGAUAACUAUUAUAUCCUUAGGAUCUAUAUGUGCCGUGUUAUUGGUUAUUAUGGUUAUCUUUGCUACGAGGUGCAAUCGAGAGAAAAAGGACACCAGGUCUUACAACUGUCGCGUGGCCGAAUCAACCUACCAGCACCAUCCAAAACGUCCCUCCAGGCAGAUCCACAAAGGGGACAUCACUCUGGUGCCAACAGUUAAUGGCACUCUACCCAUCAGGUCUCACCACAGAGCUUCGCCAUCAUCAUCCCCAGCCCUGGAGAGGGGUCAAAUGAGCAGCCGGCAGAGCCACCACAGCCACCAAUCACUGAACAGCCUGGUGACCAUCUCCUCGAACCAUGUGCCUGAAAGUUUCUCCCUGGAACUCACCCAUGCUACUCCAGCUGUCGAGGUUUCCCAGCUUCUCUCGAUGCUUCAUCAGGGCCAGUAUCAACCGAGACCAAGUUUUCGAGGAAACAAAUAUUCCCGAAGCUACAGAUAUGCCCUACAAGAUAUGGAUAAAUUCAGCUUGAAAGACAGUGGCCGGGGUGAUAGUGAAGCUGGAGACAGUGAUUAUGAUUUGGGAAGAGAGUCUCCAAUUGACAGACUUCUUGGGGAAGGAUUCAGUGACCUUUUCCUUACAGAUGGAAGAAUUCCUGCAGCAAUGCGCCUGUGCACGGAGGAGUGCAGGGUCCUGGGCCACUCCGAUCAGUGCUGGAUGCCGCCGCUGCCCUCUCCCUCUUCUGACUACAGAAGCAACAUGUUCAUCCCUGGGGAGGAGUUCCAGUCACCCCAGCAGCACCUGCAGCAGCAGCAGCAUCACCAGGGCCUCGAGGAGGAUGCCCAGGCAGCUGACACCAGUGAGAAGAAGAAGAGCUUUUCAACAUUUGGAAAGGACUGCCAGAGUGAGGAGGACUCAGGGGACACCUGCACCUCCUCCCUCCUCUCUGAAAUGAGCAGUGUCUUCCAGCGCCUGCUGCCUCCCUCGUUGGACGCCUACACGGAGUGCAAUGAGAUAGAUCGCUCCAACUCGUUGGAGCGCAGGAAGGGACAUUUGCCAGCCAAGAAUGUAAAUUAUCCACCAGGGGUGGCAGCCUGGGCAGCCAGCACACAUUUCCAAAACCCUGCCAACAACGGGCCCGCUCUAGGGACUCACUCGGGCGCGCAGCCUUCGUCCAAAUGGCUGCCAGCCAUGGAGGAGAUCCCGGAGAAUUAUGAAGAGGAUGAUUUUGACAAUGUGCUCAACCACCUCAGCGAUGGCAAACAUGAACUCAUGGAUGCCAGUGAGCUGGUGGCAGAAAUUAACAAGCUGCUACAAGAUGUCCGGCAGAACUAGUUGUUUCAAAAGCCUAUUUUUCCAUUUUUAUGGAAAACUGGAAGGGGGAAAAAAAAGAACAAUAAAUAGACUGAGGAGAACUGGCAUUGCCAACUAGUUGCAUUUAUCAUAAAUGUGUCUGUGUAUGUUGAAUAUUAAAAUACCGUAUUUUCAUAUGUACACAAUGCAAGUGUGAUUAUCUUUAUCUGUAUUUUAAAAAUACAUUUGUAUCUUAUAUUUAUGUGUAAUUUAACAAAUAAAUUUUAUUUUUGUACACCCACAGCAAGCAUGUUUUCCUAAAUGUAUAUAGAUGGUACCAUCCUUGUCAAACUUAGAGCAUUCUUGCCACACAGGCAUGUUAAAAAAAAAAAAAAAAAGAAAAAAACAAGAAGAAGGAUUUGUUUUCCCUUAUUAUUUCUUUCAAAUGUUUCAGAUACAAAUUCAAAACACUGAAAAAGUUAUGCAAAUGUUAGUUUCAGUAAAUGAUCCAACACCUUUUUUGCAAUGUUUUAUUCUUAUAAUAAAGAAUUGUAACUCCCACAAAACCUAAAAUGUCUUUUUUUAUUUUGAUACUUUUGGUCUGUAGAAUAAUUUUCUCAUUUAAGUAAUGGAUUAUUGCAGGCUGGUGUCUUCCUGUCUUUGGCACAUAAGUAUUUUCCCCAGUGAUCAAAUAAUGGAAUUCUGUGAUGGGUCUUCCACUGUGAUCUCUGCAAAAAAAUGUAAAUUUGUUGUCCUGUUGUUACACUGCAAAGCCAGUUGAAGUCAGCAGUGUAUACUUGAAAGACAGCAAUAAAAUCAGCUUUUCCGACCUCAAGCUGAAUUCUGAAUUUAUGUAAAUACAAAAAUUACAAUGAACUCCUUUAUCUUUGUAAAUGACACCAAAAUAAAAGCAAUGUUGCAUCUUCCAGA